AUGAAAGAAGGACAUUUGAAAGGCUUAAGACUUGUGUUAGAACGUGCAAUUCCAUCAAUAUCAUCAAUUGAUCUUUUGCCAAUAUUAAAUGAAAUUCCUGAGACACUUCCACUGUCUGAAUAUGAAGAUUUAGUUCCAAAAUUUUCUUUAAUUGCACAAAAAGAAUUUAAUCGAAAAGAAAAUGAUUGGAGUGAUGAAUUUAUAUCUCCAUAUGAAGAAAUAAAAGAAGAAAUUGAUCCAUUAUUAUUUAUUGAAUGGUAUAAAAAAAGAAUUCUUUCAUUUGAAUCAUUUGGUUUUAUUGAAAAUGCUCUUCAAUUAUGUAAACAUGCUUUAGAAAUUGAAAAUUUUAAAGAAUUUUCUUCAUUUUAUAAUAAUCUUUAUCUUGAAUUCGUAUUAAAUAAAAUAUCUGAUCAAGAUUUAACAUUAGAACAAAUUAAAAAUAUGUCCGAAGAAGAAAUAAUUGAUUUAAUAUUAACAUUUAAAAAUAAUUCCACACAAGAUGAUAUUGAUAAACGUAUUCAACAAGUUUUAUUACCAUCAAUGGAUUUAAUUCAAAAAUCAAAUGAAUAUUUAAAAAAAGUUUUUAUUAAAAAAUUACAAAAUGAUUUUGAUAUUUAUCCAAUAAUUAAUUCAUUGAAAUUAAAAACAAAUUUUAAACAAAAUGAUUUUGAUCAAUUAAUUAAAGAUUUAAUUUUAAAUGUUAAUUCAAUUAAUCAAAUAUCUAUUUGUCAACAAUUAUUAACAUUGAUCAAUGAUAAACAAGAUUUAGAAUAUAUUAUUGAAAUGAAUAAAAUAAAUAUUUCAAUGGGUAAUGAACUUUAUCAUGAUCUUGCACGAAUAUGUCGUCAUCGUUUAUCAUCACAAACACUUUUAAAUUUAUUUGUUUCAAGUUUAUUAAAAUCAGAUAGUAUUGAAUGUUUUCAAAUAGUUCGUUCAAUGUUAUUACGUAAUCAUAUUCCAUUAAUAAUUCAAACAGCAAUUGAUUAUAUUGAUUCAGCAAAAAAUGGACAAGAUAGAAGUAUUCUUCUUGCUAAACAUUGUUUAGAUUUAGUCGAUGAUCAAUCAUUAGUUGUCAAUGAACGAAAUUUAAUUGAAUCACAAAAUAUUUGUGGCUUUUUUCAUUAUCCAAUAACACCUUUAGAAAUUCGUCGUCAUCCAAAUCCUAUACAAAUAAUUCUUGCUAUUCUUAAUUCAAAUUCUCAAGCUUAUAAAAAUACAAGCAAAUUAAUAUCAUUAUCAUUAUAUCUUCAAACUGGAAAUAAACAAGAUAAAAAAAGAUCGAUUCUUCAUUGUGAUGAGAUUCUAUUAGGUGAUGUUUUGAAAAAAUCGAUUUCUAUUCGAGAUCAAUCAAUACCAAAUGAAGAAUAUCGAAUUACAUCAACUUAUUCAUAUUAUACAAAUUCAUUUUAUGAUCGAGAUUAUUCUCAACAGAUGGAAUUAAAAGAAAUUCCAUUAUUAAAAUCUCCACCCAUUGAUGAAAAAAGUGCAAUAAAAUAUGUUAAUAUUGAUACACCAUUAUUUAUUAUGGUUUAUUUAGCAUCAAAUACAAAUAAUGAUAUUUUAAUCGAAAAAGAUAAUGAAUAUGCAUUACAAUUAUCGAUUUAUUGUCAAUCAUUAAUGAAAAGUCCUACACCACGUAAUUUAAAUGCAAUACCAUCAAUGAUAAUAAAUAAAGCAUUGAUUGAAAAUAAUGAAAAUUAUAAUCGUUUAUUACGAAAUCGUCAAUAUUCAAUAUUAAAUCAAUUAGAUAAUUCAAUUGAUUUAAAUCGUUUGGAAAAUGAUAGUGUAUAUUGUCGUUUAACAAUACUUGGUUUAUUUAUGUGUGAUAAUCCUUCAUUUGAAUAUGGUGAACAAUUAGCAAUUAAAUAUAAUAUAUCAAUAGAUGAAUGUCAUCAUUCAUAUUUUAAAUAUUUAUUAACAAAUUCAAAUUUAUUAUUAAAUGAAAUACGAAAAAAAAUCAAACUAUUAUUAAAUUCAGAAAGAAUUAAAAAAAAUCGACAAACUAAAUUAAAUUUAGUUAAACGUUUACAUACAAAUGUUUUUCCAUUUAUUGAUGGAAAAGAUUAUGAACGUUUAAAACUUUUUUAUGAUAUUAAAAAAUCUUUAGGAGAUUUAACACAUGCACAAAAACAUAUUCAAGCUAUACAACAAUUAACUAAUAUUCUUAAUAAUGAUUUCGAUUACAAAUUCUUUCUUUCAUCACCAGAAUUAUUUAUUGAAAAAUAUUCAAAUGAUUCAAAUAUAAUAAAUCUUGGUUUAGCACUUGAUCAAGUUAAAGUUUCAUCAUCAUUAAUUGUUACAUUAAGUUGGAUUUAUUCAUAUUAUUUACGAUAUAAUCCAUCAUCAUCAUUAAUAUUUGAUUUAUUAAAUCGUAUAACAUUAUUUGAAGAUUUUAAUUUGUGUAUUAAUUAUUUAUUAUUACCAAAAAAUAUUUUUUUAAUUAAUAAACGAAUAAAAAUAACUGAAUAUUCAAUAAAACAAAUUGUUUCGAAAGAAAAUAAACAAUGGAAACAAUUAGAAGAAAAAUUAAAUAAAUAUUUAUUACGUCUUGAAGUUCUAUAUAAACUUUUACCAGAUUAUUUAGAAGAUGAAUUAAUUCAAUUAGAUCAAUGUAAAGAUAUUCAACAACAAGAAGAAAUUCUAUCGGAUUUAUCAUGUAAAUAUGGACAAUUUUAUUUAAUUAUUUAUUUAAAAACUAGUAUCUUUCCUGAAAUUUCAAAAUAUCAUAUUUUACAAUUAACUAUUGAAAAAAUACGUCAAGAUAUUAAAUCUGGUAAUGAAGAUAGUUAUUUAAGGUUAGAUAAUUUAUUAGAAAGUAUAUCUAUGGAUGAAAUUGAUAAAAAGGAAUUAUUUUCAUGUUUACAACAAAUGUGUCGUUUGGAAAUAAUUGAUCGAGGUGUUCGAUAUAAAUUAAUUGAUAAAUUUGAUAGAAUGUUUAAUAAACAAAAUCUACAAUCAGAUGAUCUUUUAUUAUUUGAACAAUAUCGUUUAUCAACUUUACUUUCAUCAUUUGAUUCAUUUAUUGAAUUAACAAAAGAAAAUAUUGAAACGGAUGAAAAUCGUUCUAUUCUUUUUCAAAAACAUCUUUUACAAUCGAAAAAACUUGUUCAUUUUGAAUCUCUUAUUCAAAUUCUUGAUAAUACUUGGUCAAAACAACAAAUUAAUAAUAUGAAAGGUUCACAUGAAUUAACUUUAACAAAUGAAUUAAUUUUAGUACUGAUUGAAAAAAAUUCAGAAUGGGAAAGAAUAUUAACGGAAAAUAUUAUUUAA